AUCCACUCCACCCGCACGAUGCGAUGUGAUGCAACUUUGUUGUUGGUCCUUACUCUCUCUUUCUCGUUGCGGGUGACAGUCGUGCUUGGGCACGACGGGGCUUCCAUUCUUCCACUCAACGGGUCUGGCUGGCACUGUGACGCUCCGAUACGCUUCUUCUAUUUGGGACUCUGCGAGCCCCCACGUCUUGUUUCCCGGUUUUCUCCCUUGCUUUUCUUUCUACGCCCCUCCCAUUCUUUUAUGAACACGCCUGCAUCUUGAACUCACGCGACGGUUAUUCACUCCCCCCGUCCAUUCCUCGCCACCCAGUCUUCUUGCUCGUCCCCGGUCGGAUCGAAUGGAGACUUAUAGGAGCCGCGGUGAGAAGGCUAUGAACCCCACUCUCAUACGACAGCGCCGCGCCGGCUCGGACUCGCCUCCCUAUCUGGACAUAAACUCCAACCCAAAUUCACCCCAGAAGCGGCGCACCCCACCGCGCCGACGAACCCCGAGUGCCACUGCUUAUCGUCGUCCCACACGCUACGAGCCAGGGAACGAUGUUAUUAACACGCGUGCCACGUCGAAGAUGAUGCUUAAAAAGCAGAAUCGCACAUCGAUGGCACGAACGAGGGAUUACGGGAUGGAGGAAUCCAGAGCCUACGUGCUCGUCGUCGUCAGGCUCGUCAUCGCCAGUAUCGUCGUCGUCAGCAUCUUCCGCGGCACUGUCUUCCUCAAGCGCGUCCUCCAUCCCCAGUGCGUCUGCGUCUACGUCUGCACCGGCGUCUGCAUCGGCGUCUGCUUCCGCUUCGGCCUCGACAUCCUCAUCCUCGGUCUUGUCCUCGGCCGUUUCGUCGUCAAGCCCAAGUGGAGCUUCAUCUUCGGCUGCUGCUUCGAGCUUGGUUCUGCCUUCAAGCUCCUUCUCAGCUCCAACUUCUACAUCCACUUUCUCGUCUUCGAAGCGCCUUACUUCGAGCAACACUUCAUCUUCAUUUCCCUUCUCCUCUUCACGACCGGUUCGGUCUCCAGCACGCACCCUUCCAAGCACCACCACGUCUGCGUCGUCAAGCGCGGUGACUCAUCCUCCGAGCUCGUCGGUGAUACCUCCAGGUCAAUUACCUUGACGGGGACAAAGACAUAUGAUGGUCAUCAUCUGGUGACUUCUGCCACCGAGACAAGCACGAGCUCUGCGUCUCCAUCUGGUGUGCUAGGCACCAGCGUUGGGACCGGUUCGGCCUUUGCACACAAUGUCUCAGGCAUCGUUGGCGUCUCGGUCGGGGGAUUCCUGGCCUUGGUAUUACUUGUCGUCCUGAUGUUCUUCGGCUGCCGGCGGUACCGCAAUCGACAUCCGUACGAUCCAUUCGGUGCCAAGCCGAUCCAGAGGUGGCGCUCCCCGCUCGGCGACGAGGAAGACGAUAUUAUGGUCGAGAGAGCACCCUCGACUUUGGGCUACGGUUCGACGUCCGCCGACCACGGGGCCGGCGUGCAAACAUCCCACUCCUCUCACGCCACGCCCAGCCACUCGUACCAUUCCGGCUCUAUGCUGAUAUCGCCGCCGUCGCAGUUGAUGCCGACGCCGCCAGCAGCGGAGUACCCGCACCCGCCCGUUCCGCCAUCGAGCUAUCGGACCCGCAAAGACAGCCUGCGCGAUUUGUUCGGGUUCGGACGCCUGGGCCGGAUUAAACCACCUGCUCCCGCGUACAUAACCCCGGGAUACGGAUUGGCAGGGCCGAGCUCUUUGCUAAAUCCGCCAAUUCUGCCGAUAAUGCAGCCGCCAGUCUGGCCCCAUCCGUCACCUGCGUUAACGGACGACUCGUCGAUCCAUGCGGACGGACUUCUCCGGCCCGGGCUGGCGGUGUUACUUGGACCUGCGACACACUCGACGAGGUCUCUGCGCGACCAUGUUGAUUAUUCCAGGCCGAUCGUGGCGGGCGUGCAGCGGCUCUCUGUUGCAGACGACGCCUCUGUGUACAGCCAGAAGUCGCACGAGAGCGCCAGUGCGCGCGCGUUUUAG